GCAAGAGAAUUUCUCCGGCGAACCAUGGCAGAUGUCAUAGCCCCACCGGCGCCGCAAAACGGUCUUCUCCGCCGCCGCAACUCCAUCUCCGCUUCCGUCAUCGCUCCGGCGCAGCUCAGCCUCCACAACGGCCGUGAGGUUUCUUCUUCCUCCUCCUCGUACGCCACGACGGCGGCGUCGUCCGCCACGUCAUCCGGGUCAUCGCAGACCGACGGCGAUUUCGAGCUCUUCUCGAUCAAGCCGGUGAACUACACCUCCCUGAAGGACCUCCUGCCCGGCGGCGCCGCCGUCAACUCCCCGAGGCCCAUGACGCCGGGAUCUCACCACGGCUCCGCCGAAAUCCUCAUCCGCAACCGCCUCGUCAAACAGGCCGCCUGGGCUUACCUCCAGCCCAUGUCCACCUCGCCGGAUUCCUCCGCCGGCACCUUCCUCCGCCGCCUCUGCCUCCGCUUCUCCGGCAACGCCCCCGUCGUCGCCCUCCUAAACUUCGUGGAUCGCCACAUUCUUCUCCCGUUGACCCGCACCGUUGACUGGCUGCUCCGCGCAAUUGGGCUUCGGAGCGUCAGAUGAUGACAAGUUUGUAAUUUUUUUAUUUGUCAAACAAAUCUUUACAGAAUAUGUUCUAUUGCAAUUCCACAUAAUAAUAAUAAUAAUCUGUAAAAAAGUCUUAAAAAUAAUUUAUUUCCACUUUUCAUUUUCUCAA